AUGGAUUUAAAACGAAGCUCAAAUGAAGAUACACCAUCAUCAAAAAAGCAAAAAGGAUCGGUCAAUUUAUCUGGACAAGCGGUUUUUUCGCCACCAGUUUCUAAAAGCAAUUCAUAUCUAUAUAGCGGAUCUAAAGGAGCUGUUAAUGCAGCAGUUAAUACGGGGAAAACAAGUGAUAACCGACAAGAUGCUGAACAACUUCAAGAUGCAUUAAUAUCAGCAGGAGUUGAUAUUAAAGAAGAAGAACAUAAUAUGAGCCGGUCUUAUGAUUAUGUAUUUGGAUCGAAUGUAAUUCCUCUUGAGGAAGAUCGAACAAAAAUGACGGAUUUUCUGAACCCGAUUCCAUUGAAUGAUCUUAUUUAUAGAAUUGCAAUUUCAAACUCUCUUAAAACUAUAGAUCCAGAUAUAGGACCUCUUCUUGCACUUUCAUUGCGUGAUAGAAUGGCAAAUCUUUUGUCAGACAUGAUAGUUUUAUCUAGACAUCGUACUGCGUCACUCCCUGUUAAUAGAAAAAUAAUUGACAAUGUUGGAAAAAUUCUAGAAGAUAUAAAUAUUAAAGAAAAAGAUAAGGAAGAAAAGCGAAGAGCUCAAGUAUUAUCAAAAAAGCUAGAAGAGGAGAACAGAAUGGACAAACAGACCUUAUUAUCUGGAAAUCCAGAAGAUAUGGACAAAAAGAAGAAAAAGAAAGAAAUAUUAUCGAAUUCGUCUUCGAAAAAUCUUUCAGAAGAUGCGCAAAAACGAAAUACUGAUACAACAGCAGCAAUAAUGAUGGGAUCGGGACCCAAUGGGCCAGGUGGUAAAAAAUAUUCAUGGAUGACAUCGGCAUUGCCAUUAUCUCCAGGAUAUAUUACAAAAACACCACGAGCUACAAGUAACCACUCACAAACAAAUCCAGAAACUACUAUUAUACAAACUGUUGAGGAGAUAGGAAUUAUUACAAUAAGAGACGCACUUAAUGUUUUAGAGAUGGACAAAGAAGGCGCAGGAGAAAUCUUUGGAAGGGGAGCACGUGCCUUAUCCAGAGGAUAUAUACGCUUAAAAGACUAAUAUAUAGCAAAUAUAACAGUUAGACUCAGCCUACAUAAAUU